AUGGCAACCCCAAGCCGCCUGUUCAGGCGCCUACUUCGCCGAGUGCGGCGACAUGACUGGAGAUGUCUGAUAGCAUACUCGGCUCUGAUCCUGCUGUCGGCCUCCAUCUUCCUGUAUCUUCUUCUCGCAUACUACCUCGCGGGAGAUCCGCGUCUUGUUCCUUAUACCAUCCAGCAAGCGCGGAACGUCCUUCUCGUCACGGCACAUCCCGAUGAUGAGACUUUGUUCUUUAGCCCAACUAUCCUUCACGGUCGUGACAACCCGGAUGUCACUCGUUCCUUAUUGGUGCUAUCGACGGGCGACUAUCAUGGCCAGGGAGACAUCCGCAAGGCAGAAAUUGAACGUAGCUGUGCCGCACUCGGCAUCUCAUCUGCUCGUUGCGUUGUUCUGGAGCACGGUGCCUUACAGGAUAAUCCAAAGAAGUGGUGGCGCCAGGAUGUUAUUCAGGAUAUAGUCGCCCAUUACGUUCACAUGUGGAAAGUGGAUCUGAUCUUCACCUUCGAUAACGGCGGAGUCUCCGGCCAUAUUAAUCAUAGGGCUGUGAGUGCCGGUGUUCGCAGAAAAUAUGCAGAGGACUUUCCGCAUGCUCCACCGGUCUAUGCCCUACAGAGUACAUUCCUCCUGCGCAAGUACUCGUCGCUCGUUGAUCUGAUCUUGACCUCUGUGCCAUUCGCCUGGCGCAUCGGGGCAGCGGUCCUGACAGCAGCACCGCCACCCACAGGACACGACAUAUACGGAAACAGAGCGCUGCUGGUAAGUCCGUGGCAGACCUACCUGACUGCGCGAACAGCAUUCAGUCAACAUGAUAGUCAGUACUCAUGGGACCGGGUGUUGUACUUGAUAGUGAGCCGUUAUAUGUGGUUUAAUAAUCUGUAUCGGAUAGCCUAA